AUGGAGUCAGAGACUGAGUGGAAUUUUAGGAAUAACUCUAAAACGCCAGGUAUUGAAGUAAUACCUCUUAAUGAUGUAUCUCACCCUAUUGGGAAGAGCUUAGUGUGGAAGUAUGACUCCAUUUGCUUGGGAAGCGUGAAGUAUUCCUGCAAGGAAGGGAUGGAGCAGAUGAACAGCCAGCGUGCAGGGCUCACCGGCCUGAGGAAUCUGGGCAACACGUGCUACAUGAACGCAAUCCUGCAGUGCCUCUGCAGCGUGCCACCGCUCGUGGAGUAUUUCCUCUCAGGACAGUACAAAGCAGCCCUACACAAGGAGAAUGGCGAGUCUGCAACUGCCUUUGGCUGUUUGAUGUCCGAUAUGUGGCUUGGAGAGUUUGACUGCGUUUCCCCGGAGGUUUUCCAUUCCGUCCUUGGGAAGCGGUACCCGACUUUUAGCAAGAAGACUCAGCAGGACGCACAGGAGUUUCUGAUCUGUGUGCUGAACGAGCUCCACGAGGCUCUCAAGAAGUCAAGCAAUAGAAGAUGCAUAACCAAUGCAAAAGCAAGCGGCGUCAGUGAAACAUCCAUUAUCACACGGUUAUUUGAGGGACAGCUCAGUUACAACAUCACGUGUCUGGAAUGCAAGACCACCACCGACAGACCCGAGCGCUUCACCGUUCUUUCCCUGCCCAUCCCUUCGAAGAGCAGGUGCUCUCUGCAGGACUGUCUCAAAUGCUUCUUUCAGCAAGACACACUGACUUGGAACAACCAAAUCCACUGUUCCUGGUGUGGAACUAAACAAGAUGCCGCAGUGAAGGCCACCAUAAGCAAGGCACCGCAGAUCAUUAUUUUUCACCUCAAGAGGUUUGAAUGGCAAGGCAAACAGGAAAGGAAACUCUCAACUGACAUCUGCUAUCCACUCAGCAGUCUGGAUCUCUCUCCUUACACUUCGCCCCUUUUCCGCCAGGAUGCAGAGUACAGCCUGUGUGCCGUAGCGAACCACUCUGGUUUUCUGGAUGACGGCCACUACACGGCGUUCUGCAAGCACUCGGUCACCAAAAAGUGGUACAGCUUUGAUGAUGCACAGAUCACCAAGAUCCCAAAUUCCUCAGUGCAGACUGACACAGCUUAUCUCCUCUUCUACAUCUGCCAAGGCCUUCUCUGCACCCAUUAA